CUGUAUGUGAUUCAGUGAAGGUUUAAUCGUCUCACAGUCGUGAUGAAUGAAUCUGUUCUCCUCCUGAUCUGUCUCUCUACACUUCUGUCUCUCUCAUCAUCAUGUUAUAUACAGAACUGCCCGAGAGGAGGAAAACGCUCAGCGCUGGACUCUGUCUCCAGACAGUGUAUGACGUGUGGCCCCGGUGAUAAGGGCCGCUGUUUUGGCCCCAGUAUCUGCUGCGGAGAGGAGUUCGGUUGUCUCCUGGCAUCUCCACAGACGGUGCGCUGUCAGGAUGAGGAAUAUCUACCGUCUCCAUGCGAGUCUACCGGGAAACUCUGCGGACCUGAUGAAGGUCGCUGUGCCGCUCGGGGAGUCUGCUGUGAUGCAGAGGGCUGCACGCUCGACCCAAACUGCUCUGAAGACGGUACAAAUGGCGAUGUGCUGGAGCAAGGAGCUUCACCGGGAGAAUUUCUUCUGCGUCUUCUGCAUAUGAAACACAAUCGCAUCUGAACUCAUUCAAUACAUGACCAUCACUGACCAAUACAUCCUCACUGAUUCACCUAAGCUUGACUCAACACAAUGCACUUCAGUGUGACAAAUUUGCUUAUAGUUUUCAAACACUGAGGUGUGUACAUAUGUAAGAAAUAAACAUCUCCUGCACUGUUAA